UGUCGGUCAUGUGACAUGUGACGUCACCACAGGAGGGAGGGGGCGGGAUCCCAUCAUGGCGUCAAUGCAGAAACGGCUUCAGAAGGAAUUGUUGGCUUUACAAAAUGAGCCACCACCUGGAAUGACGUUAAAUGAAAAGAGUGUUCAGAAUUCUAUUACGCAGUGGAUUGUAGAUAUGGAAGGAGCACCAGGAACAUUAUAUGAAGGAGAGAAGUUUCAGCUUUUAUUUAAGUUCAGCAGUCGAUAUCCCUUUGAUUCCCCUCAGGUUAUGUUCACUGGUGAUAAUAUCCCUGUCCAUCCUCAUGUUUAUAGCAAUGGUCAUAUCUGUUUAUCUAUUUUAACGGAAGACUGGUCUCCUGCACUAUCUGUGCAAUCCGUGUGUCUUAGCAUAAUCAGCAUGCUAUCUAGCUGCAAAGAAAAGAGGAGACCUCCAGAUAAUUCCUUUUAUGUAAGAACGUGCAACAAAAAUCCAAAGAAAACAAAAUGGUGGUACCACGAUGACACAUGUUGAUGCCAGGUUCAAGCCCCUCUAGAAAAAGAUAUCCUACUGAAUACAUGAGCACUUUGAUCCUUCAAGUCUUUGAACUUUAACUGGAGGUGACUGAAUAAAAUGAAGACUACUUCCUUUUUACUGCAUUUUUACUAGUGUGCAUCGUGGCGCAUGUUGAUAGCUGUCUCAGCACAUGCAGCUGACAUGCUUUGUUAGUCAUACUGGAUAAAUGCAGAUGUCAGGACGGAAUUCCAUUUUACUUUCUCUUACACUUUCCAAGAUUUCCCUGGUCCUCAUGUAUUGUGCAAUAACAAUGAUAAAUGCAUGAGCGGGCCUACUGGAUAUGUUUACCAAAUGCAUUGGGAUAAGAAGGAAUGUUUCCAGCAUUACAUUGCCAUCCAUGACACCGGGAUACCUUGCACUGUGACCAUGAAAAUGGCUCCAUGGCUAAACAUGCUUGACCUGAAGGACGGCGAAACAGGAACUCUGUAUAUUUAUUAACUUGUUUCCUUUUAUGUCGCGUGGUUUUGUGAAUGGACAGGUACAAAAAUCUCAAUCCCGUGCAGUAAAA